AUGGCUUGGUGUACUCCACAAGUUGAAUUCACAAAAGAAGUCUUCUUUCCGGGAGAAAAAGUGACCGGUAGAGCGUGGGUAUCUACAAAAAAAGACAUGUCAGCUCGUAAUGUUGAAAUUUCUUUUUUUGGAAAGUCAGUGACGGCUUGGAGAACUGAUGGAGACAGAAAAAAUCGACCAGUCGAGGACAAGUCAUUUAAAAAAGGAGAAGAAACAUAUGUCGUAUUGAAACAUGUUGUAUGGACACCAGAUGACGGAAACAAUACGUUCCCAUCCGGAGAUUACGAAUGGAAUUUUUCAUUCGAACUUCCAAAUGAAUGCCCUCCAAGUUUCGAAGGAAAAUUCGGUUUCAUUAGAUAUUAUGUCUCUGUUCAUAUUGAUGUUCCAAACUGGAUUGACAAAAAAGUUGAGAGAGCAAUUACAGUAUCUCCAAUCAUUGAUUUGAACUCUAUUCCGGGUGCAAAUGAACCGCUAGUCCGACAAAUUGAGAGGGUUUCCGAGAAAUGCGCAUGUAUUCCAUUUCUUGGAAGCAAUGGAAACAUUGUCUACACGAUAAAAUCUCCAACACUUGGAUACGUCGCCGGUGACCUGAUACGUGUCACGGGAUCAAUCGAGAAUCGAUCUUCAAAACCAUUGAGUGAAAUCGAAGCAAUUUUCAAAAGAAUUGUCGUAUAUAGGAAAGAUAUGACUAAUUCCCUCAUCAAGUCUCAUCGAAAUAUGUCGAACGCUCCGGAUACUUAUAACAGUCGAAAAGAGAGUUAUGUAAUUGAAGAGAUUACGGAAAUAUGCGAAAUUGAACCAGGAGCAACUAAACAUUUCCGAUUCUCUUUUAUAGUUCCACCAGUAGUUUCAACAAUCAGAAGUUCAACUUUCAUCAACGUCGAGUAUCUGGUGACAAUUGCAGCAGAUAGACAGUUCUGUGAUUCAUCGGAAAUUCCAACAUUGAAUAUCAUUGUUGGAAAUGUACCAAUAUUAUCAGAAGGAACUACCUCUCUACCCCCACAUAUAUUCGUUAAAAGUGAUUCUGCCCAGUGUUGGUCACAUCUUCUGAAACCAAAGUUCCGCUACCAAAUUCCAUAUUAUGGCAGUGAUGAAUCGACGAAAACUGAUUCAGAAGACAGCAGUUAA